AUGCAGACUGGUACCCGCCUCAGACAUCUCUUUGCCACCGUCCUCCUCUUCUGCCAACCUGCCCAUCCAGGCGCUCUCUGGAACGAGUUCCGUUCUUCAAUCUGCGACGACCUGCGUCACCGUCUACGUUUGCUCGGCCGUGAGGACGCCUCUGAGGAGGAUGUCUACGACUACGGGCUC